AUCACGCCACACACGUGUUGCCUGCCGCGAGUCAGCUCAACGUUGCUGGAGGACGAUCUGAAACAGAUUAGUGCGCUCCUCCAACGUUCCUUCUCUUUAUGAGCAUCUCGACAUUCCAGCGCUCCUUUGAGACGUCUGUGAGCGGCCAAUGGGAGUUUGAGUCGAGCAGAAGGGAGUUUCGAGAGCCUCCCUAAUCCACCGAGGAGAUGGUGUGACGGACAGCCGUCACAGGAGGAGUUUCAGACAGCCGGGUUACAUGAGGACAGAGCCGCUUAGCCAACUGGACGCUGCUGUCAGCCUGCCAAGCAACACGUCGUGUGAUUCCCACCGAAAUUCAGAAAUUCACAGAAGUGACCCGUCCACAAACAGCAGUAUUUAUGAACUACCCAGCAGCCUCAGUGAGAAAUGUCUUAGGGAGGUUUUGGAAAGAGAUGACCCCUCAAACAGUCAAACCGCUUCCAAACCUCACCGUCUGCAUCAAAGUCAAGUAGAGGAAACUUCAAGAUGUGAUGUUUUCAACUCUAGUUUUAGUUUCAUUCAACAGUCACUAGAAACAAGCGAUUUAUUAGACACAACCACAAGCGACCCGUCUCCAUCACUGGACCAAACAAAAUCGGAACCUUCAGACUUGAGUAUUGUAAAACCUUGCACUGUUAUCCAAUCAAAGAUUAGCCCUGUGCCCAUCAGCCAAUCAGAGCCAGAGGUUUUCACGUUAGGCCAACUGCCCUGCUCGAUGGGUCAGCCAGGGAAAUCGAAAGGUCUCCUAUUGGAUGAAGAGUCGUGGGACCUGGACAGGCGCUGGAACACACAGAUCUCCUCCUCCAUGACAUCAGACUUCAAAGAAAGCGUUUCAGAUUGUGGCUCUAUGGAUGCUGAGGUCACGUCCUCACUUUCUGUUGAUUCCUCAGAUUCCACAUCAGCAUCCUCUGUCACUUCUGGCUACGACAGCGCCACGCCCUCCGCAGAUCACAGCCGCAACAGCCUGAGGAAGUGUGAAGACGUUUUACAAGACUGUCUACAAAACAAUCGCGCCAACACCAAGAUUAAGUCAAUGAUGCAAAAACUGUAGUGAUUACAGCACAGAGCUGUCCUGGAUGAUGACUAUGACACAGCUGAGCGGUUUGGUCAUAAACUAGAGGAUCUUCGCAGGGAGCGAGCGGCUCUGAAAGCUUCUCUUCCCUCCAGACCCAGACAUCCAGCCGUCUCUGAAUAUCUGCAGACGCUCAGGACGGCCGCGCACAGCGCUCUCCAGAGGAACAGCUCUCAAUACAGAGAGAAGGGGGAACCGUGCGAGGAUCAGAAAUGUUCAGCUAGCUCCUCUGGGGAAAAACGGAAAAAAAGACGGGAAAAACUGAUCCUGGAAAAACAGAGGAUUCAGAGGGAGAUGUGUGAUCUUCAGAGGAGGCUGAAGGAGCUUCAGGAGCAGAGCAGAGCUGUGGAGGUGCAUCUGGCGCAGGAUGGAAGGGGCACGGAGGAGCAGCGGCUGGAGCAGGAGCUGCCCGUGCUGAAAGGCUGUGAUGUGGCUCAGCUGAUGCUGAUGGGUCGAGCGCUGGAGGACAUGAUGACAUCUGAACACCGCGCUCAGAUCAGUGCCUCUCCACCAGCAGAGAUCAUCAGACUUCAGGAACAGGAGCAGGCGUUGAGUUUGUCCAUUAAAGAUACAACAGCGAAGGUGCUCAUGAGUCAGAAGCUGGUCGCCAGUCUGCGGAGGAAAGUUAAUGAGACCGAAACGCAGCUGUUGGCUCUUCAGGAGGCGAAUCUCUCAGCCGUCUCAGGAAAUGAUUUCAGCAGUGCUAAAGAACUGAAGACAGAGAUCAGGAACGUGUAUGGAGAAAGAGAUCGUGUGGAGACGCUGGUGAGGAAGCUGCAGACGUUAAGCACAGGCAGUGGACAAGAACUAACUCGCAUGAAGGAGAAAUUAAACCAAAUCAAACUGGACCUGCAGCGGAGAGAAGCUCAGCGUGAACGUGGUUUAAAAGAAAACGCUCUGAAAUACAUUGAACUCCUGGAAGAGCAACGUCACAGCUGUGGGGGUCCGGCAUUGGAGCACAUUUGGGAGGCAGAGUUGGAGGCAUGUCACCUUCUCCUGAAAGGUCUGGAGCUGCGAACCCCCAGCAUCUCAGAAACCAAGGAUCUCCCCUCUUUUCCAGAAUCAAGUUCAAUUGUCCAGUCAUGCACGGAUGAGGAAGCGGACUGCGCCAUGUUGACUGCUUUAGGGGGGCGCUGGUGCACGGAUGCUAACCUUCAGCACUCUGAGUUCACUAAGAAAUUAGAGGAGUUUCUCUUCUGCGUGGAAGACGGUCCUGAGGAUCUGUGUGGAGAUGCAGCGGAGCUCACGGUUCGCUGUGAUCUCAUCAGGGGGCGACUGCAUUGCCUGGAAGAUCAGCUUCAGACAGCCAUGGAGAACCUCGACAAAGACCUCGCUCUGUCUUUGGAGAAAGAGGUUCAGGAGGUCAAGGCCAUGCUUCACGCCAUGCUGUCACAACUGAAGCUCGAGGACGACGACGACGAUGAUGAUGAUGAAGAUAAGUAUUGUGAUGUUGAAGAAGGACGGGUGGAGGAUGGAGAGGUAGAAGAAGAACUUUACUUCAGUGACAGCUGGGAAAUUUAACUAGACUCUUAUUAGCCUCUUAUCCAGACUGGAGUUCAGUGUUUGUGAGUUUGCACUUAACCGCGAAACAUGAAGCACACACAAUUCUCAAAAACACAGUAUAUUUACUUGAGGAUGCCUACCAGAAGGGAAUUAGAUUCAUUUUUUACAUACAGUAUAUGCGUCUGGCUGAAUCUAAAAUGGCACGCUUUACCCCCAAAUUCGAGAGACAAAAGCUCAAAUAAAAAGCCAGUAAGAUUUUGUUUACACAGUAAGGCUUUCCCACAUUAUAGUAAUAUCAUUUAUUUAGUUUUGUUAAUUCCUACUUUUCUCAAUUUUUUUAUUAUUAUUUCAAUACAUGAAUACUUGAAUAGUGUUAUCGUCAUCGGAAAUCAGCACAACAAAUACUAAAUAAAUGAUGUGUGAACAUAUUUUCCCCCACAUUUCUGUAACGUGAAUAUGGUGGGGUUUUUAUUCUUGAUUUUGGGCUGAGAUUACAUGCAUGCGUGUUCAUGCCACGUAUUGCGAGAUUUUAUAGCAUUUUGUUCAUUGAGGCCAUUUUACUCUGUUGCACGUGUGACCGGUCCUACUCGCACCGCUCUGCGCGGGCCUCGGUCCGGAUGGGAGACGGGCGCUCUAACGAGGAGGCUAAAGACCGCAGUCUCCAGCGUCUGUCGCUAGAGCGUCUCUGUUGGUCGGGGAGUGAGGUUUUACUCGCACAGCGAACUCUCGCUGGCCUACGUUACACGUAUUAAAGGGAUACUCCACCCAAAAAUUGAAUAAUUCUGUCAUCAUUUAUUCACCCUCAGGUUGUUCCAAACCUGUACAAAUUACUUUGUUCCUGCUGAACACAAAGGAAGAUAUUUGGAAGAAUGUCAGUUACCAAAAAGAUGUCAUCCGAUUUACUGCCAUAGUAGGGAAAAAAUACUAUGGGAGUCAAUGGUGGAUGAGAUCUGUUCGGUUACUGACAUUCUUCCAAAUAUCUAUCUUUGUGUUUAGUUGAACAAAGACAUUUAUACAGGUUUGGAACAAUCUGACGAUGAGUAAAUGAUUUUUUGGUGAACUAUCCCUUUAAGUUUGUAUUCCUGUUUUUGUUGUUUUAAGUUAUUUUUCUUUAUUUUAUAAGCAUAACUUAUUAUUUAUUUUGUAUGUUUUGAUAUAUCGAAACGCUUUCGGCCCACAUAUGGUUCCAUAUGAAAAUCUGUCUAGUUAAACAGAUGAUUAAUUCAAAGAUCAAAUAGGACCAGGCAGACGUCUCACAACGAAAACAGAGAUCUGUGCCAGUCAGUUCAACUCAUGAGCUCAGGGCUUUGUUUAAAUGUGUCUGAACUAUUUUUUUGAAAUUACGACUGAACUUUGAACAGUAGUUUCCUAAUUCAUGAUUUAACAAUAUGGUGCUAAGAAGUAUAAAUGUGGAGCACACUGGUGUGUUGAUGUACUGUGUUUUAAUUUGUUAUGCCUUUUGAAGCUAUUUUCAUUGUUUAGUACAAAAAUAUAGUUUGGUUUUUCUUAAUGUGCAAAGCUGCAUUUUGUCCAGUAUACCACUCUUUAAAAGCACUUUUAAAAACUGUAUUGUUUACUGUACGUUUACAAUGUACGUUUGCAUGCUCAUCAUUUAAUUCUGCUCCUUUGAGAAUUAAAACCACUUUUUAACUUGUUAUUAUUCCAAGUAUAUUUUUACCGAAGCUGAAGGACCUAAUUUUGAAUAUUUUACACAAUGUAUUUUGGAGAUAUCGUAUUUGCGACCUGUUUUAUUUUCAUGUUGUAUUUUCAUGACAUUUCAUUAUUUCUGACCUAGUUAGCCAAAAAGAAGGUUUAGUUAUUUUUAUAUGACCAAAUAUGUUUAUUGGAGUCAUUUGGCUCCAUUUUAUGUUGACCUUAUUAUUUUAGAAAUUGUUUAUAUUUUUCAUAAAUUGUAUUUUUAUUUAUAGCAACUUCUGAGCUGGUAUAUCUAGAUCAGUAUUUCUGAAACCGGGUAGCAGGGGUCUUGACAAACUUUCAAGGAUGACAUAAAAUUGAUCCUUGACGAGACAAAACAUGCAUUAAAAUAAACUAAAACAACUAAACAUAAAAACUUUUCUUAGUGCUAUUUAUAACAAAUAUACACCUUUAUUAUGCCAUGCGCUU